CGGAGAGGGUGUCGAGGUCGGGGGGCGGACUCGUCCGAGGAGGCAAAGAGAGAGGUUUCGUUCCUGUUGUUAUGAAAGAAUCGUGGACGGGGUGGGGCGGAUGUGAGUGUGUCCUUGUACAGAGUGUGGAAUUUGUCCAGGUGAAUGGUGCGGUUGAAGAGAUCGGAGAGGGACAUCGGGGGGUCGUGGACGAGGGAGGUGGCGAGGUCCUUGCAGCAUCCUCAUUUGAAGCGGGAGAUGAAUGCGACAUCGCUGACGUAGUCAAGGGGGAUGUGUUGCCGCAACGCACGGACGUAUUGGACAAAACGGUCGGUCGGGCUGUUCUAUCGAAGGCAACAAAGUUGCUCAAAGUAGUCGUCGACCGUCUUUUGCGGUCGGGAUGUGCAGGCGAUGAGGUUGACCCACCCAAGGAAGGAAUGGGGUUCCGCGUUUGCUUCUUUGCGAUUAGCUCGUUCCAUGUACCACCACCGAGUGACGCCCUCCUGAGGUGGGUGAAGGGUGGUAAAAUAGAAGGUGGGGGAUGGGGACAUGGUGGUGACGAUCUGGAUGGCGGGGGAGGGGGGUGGGGACGUGGCGGUGACGAUCUGGAUGGUGGGGGAGGGGGGUGGGGAUGUGCUGGUGACGAUCUAGAUGGCGGGGGAGGCCUGUUGUUGUUCGACGGUGGCUAUCAGUUGGGAAAGGCUGGAGACAGUGGAGAGGAAUACUUGGAGGGAGUUGAGGAUGGCUUGCAUGGUGGUCAUGAGGGAGAGGAGGUAAAAGGAGUCACUGGGGACCUCAUGGCGGGAGCCUUCAUUGAGCAGUAUGACUUCGAGCCCGAGUAUCUCAAAGGUGAGUACAACAAAGUUGUUGAUGCGUUGUCGCGUAGGCCAGAUUUCUCCUGUGCGCUGAUCACUGAGUUUGGGCUUGCGGACGAUGUUAGUCGUUCUUUGGUGGAAGCCUAUCACGAGGAUUUGUUUAUGGACGAGAUCAUAUGGAGACUCGAGGCGAAGGACAAAGCGACUUCAACCAAGUUUGAGUUGGUCAACGGUCUGUUGUUCCUUGACAAGGACGGGAAUAAACGUUUGUGUGUGCAAAACCAACUUGCCGCAGCAGUUCUGGUGGCCCACAAUGAUGAGAGACGCCAAGCUGUACGUGGAGGCCUGUCAGAAACGCUCGGUGAGACCCUUUUCAUGGACUUCAUGGACACACGGGUCACCAGCAAGAGUGGAAUGUGCUAUGUCUAUGUCAUUGUGGAUAGGCUUAGUAAGUAUGCUAGGUUAGUCGCUAUGCCUGCAACGGUUAAAACGGAGUAUGUGAUUAGACUGUUCAAGGAAAACUGGGUCAGGGACAUUGGGCUUCCUAAGUCUUUUGUUAGUGACAAGGAUGCCAGAUUCACAAUUGCGAGUGAUCUGGGUUCUGGUCCUGCUACUCAGCUGCACCGUGGCGAGAGCCGAGGAGAGGUGGAGGCCUCGUCGGAGGUCGACUUGGAGGCGAGCGAGGGCCAGAGUGUAGAGCAGGUAACCACAGGCGGCCUGGGCUCGCAAGGGGCUCCACAAAAGAGGAGGGGGGAUCGUCCAGACGAGUUCGCCGGUUCUGCGAAGAAGUUAAAGAGCAAGCCCCCCAGGAGUGCGGGGGAGAAACACAAGGGGACCGAGGGGGAGCAAGGCCGGCAGGGACUCCCAUCGACGUCGACGCCGGGUCGCGUUCGGACAAAGCGGGAGUUUGAGAUUAGCCCUGCGCAGGUCGUCGACCUCGGGGACAGGGAGGACCUGUACAACCAGCGGUCCCUGGAUCCCGUGCUCGUGGAAGGGAUCAAAGAAGUGAUGCGGUUGGCGUUUGAAAAUAAAGUGCAGUCUUACGAUUUACCUACCCUGAAGCUGGUACCGUUGGGGCUUGAUAAACCGACUCCGGGGACCAAGGCAGAACGUCUGAGGCCAGAGGAUUGGAGGGAUGAGCUGGCGGGACAAUACUACUACUACGAGGUGUGUGGGCAGCACAACACGGCUGCAGCGAGGUCGCUGCUCGGCAGCGAGGUGGCCAGAAAAUACAAUUUCGAGCGGUGGCCUGCACGAAUGGUCGACUUUUCGGAUGACGACUUCGAAGGGUACUUCCUUGUCAGUUCCCAGGACAACAAGAAGGACCUGAAGACGCCCCCACGACAGCUGAAGCUGUCAAUGAGAGACAUUAGGUGGCAGUGGAAGCGCGCCGGUGGCCUGCGUGCUGUUAUGGGGAACCCCAGCGGAAAACAGAGUCAGGUCCGGAAGUGGCAUGAAUUAUGUAAUGUCGCGCUCAAUAUGACACCGCACAACAACUUGUGGAUUCUCGUAGAUCAGAAGGGCGAGGAGGCCAUCAGGAAACAAGGCACUGCCCUGCGUUCCUAUUUCCCGCUGGCGAUGGCAGGGGAGAACGUAUGGAAACUAGCCGUCGAGUUUUUCGAGAAAUGGGAGACAGGCGGAUUGCUCGGACACGACGGCGCAAAGUGGAUCAUGCGGAAGAAGAAAGUCAAAAACGUGCAGCCUGGGGUUGCCUACAUCGACAACGACAAGCUGGGCAGGAAGGAGGUCGUGUACAACGUCCCUGUGGACCCGCCGACAAAGAAAGGCAAAAAGGAGAAAGAGGAGGGCGAGUGGUUCGUGCAAGUGCCUGAGCAGGACGCGCAUUGUUGGAAAACGAUGGACUCGCUGACCGACAACGAGAAGUGCCGCGUCCUGAAGAAGGUGCUCGCUUGCAAGCUGGUUUGGGUCCAGGCCGGCUCCCUGGCGUUGGCGAAGCUCGGAAAGCUGAGCGUCCAGGAGAUGGUGCAUUUGGUGAAGUGCGACCGGGUGCUAGUGCAUCUGUGGAACUACUACCAGUUCAAGCAUGACAAAAAGCCGGACGCGGAUUGGAGCCAGAGGUGCUCGUUCCUGAAAUCAAGACUGAAGAGUCGCGAGAUCGCACUCGCCGAAGGCAUUGUGCACAUAAAAUGGAAAGACACGGGCGACAUGACAUCCAUCGCGCCAUUCGGCAACCACCCCUUGGAGGCAGACAUAAGGAGUGCGGAGGUGAAGGAGGCAGUGGUUGCCACAAAGAGUCACACGUUCAUCCUCAAUCUGUGCGAACCGGUGGACCUGAAGCUUUGGAAACUGCAAGCGUUCGACACUCUGGAUUCCCAACUUCAGACGUGGUGUCCGUCGCAUUGGACGCUCGUCGUUUUCAUCCCGUGGCAUCAUAACCUCUCCUUUCUGGCCAGCAUGAACCAUCUUUCAUUCUUCAAGCUGCUGGAAGGGAAGUGGGUGAGGAGGAGUCAACAGAAGAAAAGCUUCCCCGUCGGGAACAAUUCGUACACGGAAGACGACCGGAUGUACAUACUCUUCAAAGGCGACGAUUUGCACGCUAACACGUCCGUCGUCUACGAGGGGAAACUACCGGCAGGCGCCGCUGCUGCAGUGCGGCUACCACAGAAGGUUACGCAAACGGAUGUGUCCGACAUCCCAUUCAACCCUUGCAACUGGUCUUAUACCUCGCCUGCACGUCAGGGCAAUGUGUACGGGGACAUGGAACGCAACCCCGCGCAAUUCGUUAAUCUUCUCGAAUCCGUCACCAAGAAGGGGGAGGGUGUCGUCUUCCUCGGGAAGCCACACACGCGAUUAGUGUGGGAAGUACUGAAGGCAGGGCGGCACGUCAUCGCGAUGGAAGGGAACUCUGAGCUCUUGCAAUUAACAAUUGAUCUCGUCAAAAGCGAGGUCAAUUCGGGUGCCCACAAUUGCGAGUUCAUGGUCGUCACCGAGACUUGGGCUCGCGCGUGGAACAACAAGAAGGACAUGUGGUUCAAGUUGAGUGCGAGGAAGCAGAACAAGAUAUACGACUUCUUGUUCCUGCAAACGCGGCCGAAGAAAGACACUGACGCCGAGUAUGUGCGCCGCAAGGACCACGUAUUCACAGAGGAGGAGUUGACGUUCGGCAGUUACUCCUCCUUGAUCUCCACGGAAGACGAGGAGACCACCGGCAUCGAGUUCGACGUGACCGCGGACGAGGAGGGCAGCGACACCGAAAGCCUCGACCUGCAGUACGACCCACAUCCCGCGCAGCACGCUACAGGGUCGUCCUUGGUAGGUCCGUCAACAAGCCCGACAUCCCUCGUGUCACCGAUGGCGAAACCGGCGCCUGGCACUACACCGAUGAAGUUGUUGCAGAGACUGCAGGCUCUGGCCUCUGACCAUCGCUCACUACGUCCCGGGUCUGACAUCCCGCCCGAUCAUCUGUCUUGGAAGGAUGCCAACAUUCACUUCCUGCCUGAGCCUCAAAGUCGUUCCACGGAGGCGGACUGGGGCCAUGACAUGAUUUGGCAUCCAGGAGUCAUCCAGCCCGCGAUCCAAAAGGGUGAGUGGAUCGUGGCCGUCGCUGUCCCGGACGGAGGAUGGAUGCCCCUCCCUUGCGGGUCGAAGUCUGACUUCCUCUACGUCGCUAGAAUCGCGGUCCUCCAGAAAGUGAGGGCCGAGAAUGACUCUUUUGCACCCGAAGACGUGUCCGUCAUUUCCACAGCCGGGCGAUUGUUCGCCGAACUUCAAGACCAGUGCUGGUUGGAGCCGACGGAGGACUACUACGACCUCAAUACGAGCCCCUCGAAGGGCAGGGUGGACUGGAAAAUCCCCCCUCCCAGUGGGACGCAUGUAAGUACAGGGUCCCGGGGACCGGACGGUGGGGAGAACGAGGGCGACGAGGUUGGGGGUGGCAAAGGAGUCCCGCCUGGUUCGGAGGGCGGGUCUCACGACGACACCACGACAGCGGAAGGCAGCGGCGGGGUGGCGGGGGAGGCCUUCGGGCGUCAGCAGUCUACCGGUCCCAGUCCGGAAGGCUCGGCACAGUCAGCGGACGUGCCCACUUCAUCCGCCGGCUCGGUGAUGGCGGCCUUGGUUGCUCUCCGUGCCGGCUCGGUCGAAACGUUCAAGUCCGCUGGGAUCCGAACUUCAAUGCUUGCAGAGCGGACAAAGAGGACGAACGCUCAGAGCUGGUCAGGAGCGGGGGUGGCGAGUCGUGAUCCCAAAAUAGACAGCGGUGCGGUGAGGGACGGGAAUGCGCCGCUUGCGGGGGAUCAACAACCGCUUCGGGCGGAGCGAGAGGGUACGUGUGGAGGGUCCGAUGACAGGGAGACGGCAAAGUUCACCAGGAUUCGAACUUCUUCAGGCAAGGGGGGCCAACCAGGGAUUGUGGUGCCGACGGGAGGGGCUGCGUGCGGCGGGCGGGAAGGGCAUUCGUCGGAAUUUGACACGGUUUCGGGCGAAGUGGCUGGAUUGCAUGCAAGGGAAGAAGGCAAGGUGAUGGACAAAGAGAAGGAAGGGGAGGAAGGAGACAAAGGGGAGGAAUUGGAGGAAGGAGGGGAUGAAGGGGAGGAAGAAGAGGAUGAAGGAGAGGAAGGGGAAGAAACGGAGUUGGGUGGGUUGCUAGGAGGGAAGGAAGGGGAAAAAGGGGAACCCGAUACUAGAGACGACGAACGGACGUUCGGCGACGACAAUGACAGAUCUGGGGAGUCGUCUGACGGAUUCGGGCAGCUGUACGGAGAACAUCGCGAGGAAGACGACGACGACGAUGACAUGGCACCGCAUAUGGAGACACAGGUGGUCACAAGCCUUUCGGCAGAAUGUGAUGACUAUGAGGUCCAAGCAAUAACAUCUGUCGUCGAUCUUCAACACCGGUUCAACGAAGCUCGUGUUGCAGUCAGCUUGACUAAACCGAGUGUACAUAUUGACGUCGAAGAAGUUAUCGACGGCAUCCUGGGCGACCACCACAUGUCCGCGCAGCCGUCCUCGACGCCUGGUGUCGACGACCCUCUCGACGUCAAACCUUCCGCGGGAUCUGUCGUGGCUUUCUCGCCGACGAACUCUCCGAUGCUGCCGUCGACCAUCGCCACCGGAGGAGAAGGCGAGAUCCGGGGACGACAAGAUGUCACGUCCCCGAAAAAAAUUGUCGCCGGCACUCGAGCUCUCGACGUGCUGGCCUUGCCCGCGCCAACUUCACCGAGUAAGGAGCGGAGAGACAAACCAGCUGUGCGGGCCACGACACAUGGAACAGCAGUGACUGCGAUUGGAAGCUUGCGGGUUUUGAAUGACAUGGAACGAGGCUUGGUGCCACCUAACCCUAUACUCUUGACCCUCGGCGAUGGUCAGUUGCGAAUUGCAGCGAAGGAUAUUCUCACCCUCUCACUUACUGACGGCAGGGUGAAUGAUGAGGUGGUCAACUUUUACAUGGCGCUACUGGGAAUGACCGCAUAUGGGAUACGUGACAUCGCGUCAGGCCUUCAAGUCUUCAGCUUUAAUUCUUUCUUCUUCAGUAAACUACAACUUCAAGGACACGGGGGGGUGGAAAGAUGGGCUAAAAACGUGGAUCUGCUUUAAUAUGAUAUUAUCUUUGUUCCAGUCCUCAAAGAUAACGAUCACUCGAUCCUCCUUUCCGUGAACUUGAGAGAUAAUGUUCUUGAGAUUUUCGAUUUUUUUUCUUGCGUUGUAGCCGAUUCUAGUUUUUACCUUAGUGUUUUCGAGUUGAUCUUACACUAUUUGGAAUGUCAAACAUCACAUAGGCGGUCGUGUAGGAGUUGGAAGUCGGUAGCAACAAAUGUUGUUAUAGAGG